AUGCAUAUAUGUGUUGCACGUGAACUCAGGGUGCUAUCAACGUUUGGCACUCGCACAAAACCAAUUGAUACCCUGUAUGAUGGUACUAGAUGUGUCCCAUAUGUGCCUACCGAUGGUUUGGUGGCUUACGAGUCUAAAUUCUCUUCAAUUUUGCCCUUCAGAAACUCGUCGUUGUCCGACCAGAAGGCCAAACAUGAUCCUUCAGUGCCAUUUCUGCCCACUCUGCCAGUCCUGAUUGAAAUUAUUGACAGAGUUUACCAACUACCUGUGUAUGAACUUUAUUACGUUGGUAGGGAAGUCAUAGUGCACGACUGA